CAAUCGGGUCAUACGAAAGUCGGCCACGUGAUGUGGCUUGCUUCAUUACGCCAUGCCAACCCCAAGACGUCGCGUGGUCUUGUCCCAACCGAAGGAUUCAAGUACAUAACACAGUUCAAACCCAUCGUUACGAUCUCGUCCCUACAAAUCCGUCACUGAAUAGUUAACUCUUAGAAGUAGCUCUUUGACACAAGGCAGAUAUACAGAGGAACAAAUGGCAGGCCCCAAAGUCCUCGUCUUCGGCGGCACAGGCCCCGCGGGAAUCUGUCUCCUCAGAGAGCUUCUCCAUCGCAAUCACCCCGUGGUAGUUUUUGCCAGGACGCCCUCCAAAAUCCCAGAAGAUCUCGCAUCAAACCCUCUCCUCGAGAUAAUCCAAGGCACCCUGACAGAUCUUGACGCGCUCUCCACCGCCGUCUCAACCUCCCAUACCAUUCUCUCCUUCCUCGGCCCAACCACAACUGGUAAAUUUGACCCCACCAUCUACUCCACCUUCUACACCUCCCUCUUCAACCUCAUGCGGGAGCACUCCGUCCGCCGCAUCUUCGCCAUGGGAACCCUCUCCAUCCCGCAACCGGAGGACAAGUUCUCCAUCCUACGCCUCUUCCUAGUUUUUAUUGUGCGUCUGCUAGCCAACUCUGCCUACCGCGCUAUUCUGGACAUCGCGCGUGCGUUCGAGGAAGCGGGAGAAGGAGUGGAUUGGACGGUUUUCAGGAUCGCGGGGAUUCCGGGGGGGAGCGAUGAGGAGGCGUGGAAGAAGGAUAGGGAGGAGGGAGAGGUGUUUGAGGGGUUUAUUGGCGAAGGAGGGUGGAGCGUUAUGCAGAAGAGGGGGGCGUUGGCGAGGUGGCUGGUUGAUGCUACGGAGGAUGGGAAGGAGAAGUGGAUUGGCAAGAUGCCAGCAGUGGGGAAGUUGAAGGGUAGUAAGAGGAAGGUGGAUUAAGGAUGUUUUGUUUUGUGGCUGUCUUUGACGUUGGUUAUUCGAAUUGAGGGCUAGCGUGGGAGUUGGUUCUGUCAUUCUCAUGUGUGGGGGAGGAGAAGUGUGGCUGAUGCUUCUAUUCUAUAACUUCCGUUUCUAAUGUUGUAAAUGCUGUAAAUGUCUAGUACAUAGUUCAUAAAUCCAGCGCCGGUAA